UGUGGUCAAAUCAGGCUCUGCAAGUGUUGCGGGGGGAGGAAGUGAAGGAGUGUGAUGCUACAACCUCCUUAUAAAGCCAGUCUCCCACGUCCUGCCGUGGAAAUUAGAAAUUAGCCUUACAAUUGAGGUCUCGUCACACGGCAACUCUCACACACACUUUUGGGCCGAAUAGCUACGCCACUGCAACUAGCGCCGCCGCCAUGACGUGGACCGACGCUCAGGACAUGCUCCGCGGGGCCGAAACGCUUCUCUUCUGGGUCGGCACCUUCGCGGUGGCCUCGCUGCUUUUGUGGAUCCUCUACCGGCUCUUGUCCGGCUUCAGGGUGUGGGUGCUGGGCAACGGGCAGUUGGUCUCACCGUGGCUGGGCAAGUGGGCAGUUGUGACGGGAGCCACUGAUGGAAUCGGGAAAUCCUAUGCGGAGGAGCUUGCUCGUCGAGGGUUUGCCAUUGUGUUGAUCAGCCGCUCCCAACACAAGCUGGAUGACGUGGCCAGGUCACUUGAGGACCAGUUUGGAGUGGAGACAAAGACCAUUGCGGUGGACUUCGGCAAGACGAACAUUUACCCAUCCAUCGAGGCGGGACUGUCGGGCCUGGAGAUCGGUGUCCUUGUCAAUAAUGUUGGCGUGUCCUAUCCAUACCCUGAGUACUACCUCCAUAUUCCGGAUCUGGACAAUUUCAUCACCAACAUGAUUAACGUCAACAUGACUUCAGUGUGCCAGAUGACCCGCCUAGUACUGCCCAGAAUGGCUGACAGAUCCAAAGGUGUGAUCCUCAACAUCUCCUCGGCCAGUGGCAUGUACCCCGUCCCUCUGCUCACCAUCUACUCUGCUACCAAGGCCUUUGUGGAUUUCUUCUCCCGUGGCCUCCAGGAGGAGUACAGGCGUCAGGGCAUCAUCAUCCAGAGCGUGCUGCCUUUCUUUGUGGCCACCAAGAUGACCCGCAUCAGGAAGCCCACUUUGGACAAGCCCACUCCGGAGCGCUACGUGGCUGCCGAGCUCAACACCGUGGGGCUGCAGAGCCAGACCAACGGCUACUUCCCCCAUGCUGUCAUGGGCUGGCUGACCACCAAGCUGGUGCCCAUCGGCAUCGUCAUCUUCUUUGGAGCACGAAUGAACCGCCUGCAGCGCACAGGAUACCUGCACAGGAGGAAGUUGCGCGAGCAGAAGAAUGGAACCGGCUUGAAGACGGACUAAGAUCAUCAAUGUGACCCAAACGCAGUGUUUAAUUAAGUGUUCGUGUGUGUGAUUGUGUGUGUGUGUGUAUGUAAGGGCUCCCUUCUGGGGGGUGACUUUCAAGAUCUAGGGUGCGUGAGUUUGUGGUUUCCUGAAGAAACUCCACAGAAAAAGGACCUGAAUUGUUACUUGAGAUUAGAUGCUACUGCCUGGAAAAAAAAUACAAAAAAAAAUAUUAACAGAGGUGUGUAAAGCCCUGCUGUUAUAAGCAGUGGAAAAUGGUGGUGGGCUUUUUUAUAUUACAUAUGGUGUGUGUAUAGAAAUAUAUAUGUACAUUUAUUUAUUUUAUAUUUGUAUAAGACCAAACGUACACACACACACAAUCUGCCUUAAGACUAGGUUUGAGCCAAGUCGUGUUUCUGAUUCUAACCAUAUGAAACUGCCCGUUUAGUCGCUUACAGUGAAGUGUUGACACUUUAUUUAUGAUGGCGACGAUGGUAUGCUGUUACAAACCAAUGUAUCACUGGUUUUUUGUUUUGUUUUUUGGUUUUGUUUGGCUCGACAAGCUACACAGAAAUGCCUUUCUAUGGUCAUUGAUGCUGGAAUUACAUGGGAACAACACUGUGUCCCAUUUGGUGUGCCUCCCCAGCAAUGGACAAUUUUCUACGAUAAAAAAACGUUCACAUUGACUGCUUCACAUAUAUUUUUCAGCAGUGACACGCCGAGUUAGGUGUAUGAAAUGUUCUCAUGAGUGCCUCUCGGGUGCCAACGAUCUUUUUAAAAUGCUUUAUAUUCUCUACUUUAUACAGUAUGUAAUAUUGGAAUAUGCACCGUUUACUUCUGAUUGUAGCUUCUUAUUUUUGCUGCUGUUUGUUAAUAAAAGUACUCGCUUGA